CUUUUCUUUCUUGCUGCUGAAUUACGCGUUCUUUUCAUUAUGCACUAAUCAUAAGUUAAGGAAUAAAGGCAAUAAUAAAAAGGAAGAGCACUUAGCAAAGCCAACAUUGAUUAAAGAAACAACUUUAAGAUUCAACAAGCAUCAAGCUAUUCCCAGCUCUACUUCCAUACAACACAACACAAAGCAACACAAACUCUCUCUUGUUGAUCAGUUGCUCUACAUCUUUCUGUUUGCAAGUCAAGAGUUAGCUAGGCUUUCCAUAUCCAUGGCUGAAUUGAUUGCUGGAGCUUUUUUCACCGCUUCUUUUGAGCGGUUCUUUAAUAUGAUUAUUUCUGGGGAGGUCCUCAAGUUUGUUAGUGGAAGGAAACUCGAUGAUGGGAUGCUCAAGAAGUUCAAGACCAUGUUGCUGUCUGUUAAGGCAUUGCUGAAUGAUGCUGAGAAGAAGCAAAUAUCCGACCCAGAUGUGAGGCAGUGGCUGGAUGAGCUCAAAGACACCAUGUACCAUGCAGAGGACUUGGCUUAUGAGAUCGAGACUGAAGCUUUGCGAUGCAAGAUUGAAGGUGGUCAGUCUGGAAGCCGCAUAUUCCAGGUAUUUAACUUCUCAUCUAGAUUCAAUAUUAAGAAUCUUGAAGAUAGGAUAGUGGAGAUCUUUCACACACUAGAAGGCAUUGUGAACCAAAAAGAUCUCUUUGGUUUGAUUACCUCAGAAGUUGUUCGUCAGAAUAGAUCUUCAUCAUCUUCUCCACAACUACUACCUGUGGAAGAAGAAUCUGAAAUUUAUGGCAGAGAACAAGACAAAGCUGUCAUCAUUAGGCUGCUACUGUCUGAUGAUCAUGAUGAUGUGGUAGGUGGUGAUAAUAAGAUAUCUGUAAUUCCCAUUGUGGGCAUGGGCGGUAUUGGCAAGACCACUCUUGCUCAACUUGUUUAUAAUGAUGUCAAUGUGAUUAAAAAGUUUAACCUCAAAGCUUGGGUUACAGUGUCAACUGAAUUUGAUGUUUUCACAUUGACCAAAACAAUUUUCGAACUGAUCACUAAACAAAAGGAUUGCGGCAUCAAGCAUCCAGAGCAACUUCAAUAUGAAUUGAAGAAUGUCAUACAAGGGAAGAAGUUUCUCUUUGUUCUAGACGAUGUUUGGAAUGAAGAUUAUAACCUUUGGGAUAACUUAAGGAGUCAAUUUGCAUUUGGAGCAUCAGGGAGUAGAAUCAUUGUGACAACACGCUCUAAAAUCAUUGGAUCUAUGAUGGGUGGAAUCAUUCCAAAUCUUGAGCUUGGAACAAUAUCAGAUGAAGAUAGUUGGCAAUUAUUUGCAAAAUAUGCAUUCCAAAAAAUAAUAGAUCGAAGUGCACUUCAAGAGUUUGAAGAAAUCGGUAAAAAAAUUGUUGGAAAAUGCAAUGGCCUUCCUUUAGCUAUUAAAUCGCUCGGUGGUCUUUUGUGCUCCAAAAACCAUAUCCAUGAAUGGGAAGAGAUACUAAACAGCGACACAUGGAAGUUGAAGCAGUGUAACAUUCUUCCUGCUCUUUGGUUGAGCUACAACUACUUGCCUGCACAUCUUAAAUGGUGUUUUGCUUAUUGUUCGAUUUUUCCUAAAGAUUUCAAAAUUGAAAAGGAAAGAUUAAUUUUGUUAUGGAUGGCAGAAGAUCUUUUACAACCCCAACAAAAUAUGACGCUAGAAGAAAUUGGAGAGAAGUACUUUAAUGAUCUUGCAUCAAGGUCAUUCUUUCAUCACCAUAAAUAUGGUUAUUUUACCAUGCAUGACCUUGUGAACGAUUUGGCUACCUUUGUUUCUAGAGAAUUUUGUUUAAGGUUGGAUGAUGAUUGCCCAAAAGUUUUAACAGAGAAGACUCGUCAUUUGUCUUACAUGACAUUUAAGAGCCAUGAUACCAAGAGGCUAACGGAAUAUUUAUCCAAAAAUAAGGUGUUGCGCACUUUAUUGUUUGAAUAUCUAAUGCCCGAACAAUUUUCGGCAAAUCUUGAACAAUAUUUGAAAGGGAUGCGAUGUCUAAGAGUGCUUUCUCUAUCUGCUAGAACUAUUGUCGUUAAUACAAGGGCAGACUCUAAUUUGAUUCCUAUUACGACAGCACUUGAUUUGAUUGGCAAUUUGAAGUUUUUAAGGUAUUUAAAUCUAUCUAGUACUGAUAUUAAAGAAUUAUCGGAUACAAUUUGUACUCUUUACAAUUUGCAGACUUUCCUUUUACGGGGAUGUAAAAAUCUUUAUAGGUUGUCUCGUUCAAUCGGUAAGUUGAAGCACCUAAGACGUUUGGACUUGCUUGUGUGUUGUAACCUUAAAGAGAUACCCGACGCGUUGUGUGAUUUGUACAAUCUGCGUACUCUGAAUUUGAGUCAUUGUAUUUCUCUUUCUAGUCUGCCAACCAAUAUGUCCAGAUUGGUCAACCUACACUAUCUGAACUUUUCUGAUACAGAGGUGACAGAGAUGCCACCGCAAAUGUGCAAAUUGAAACAUUUGCAAUGUUUAACACCUGCCUUUCUUGUAGACAAAAAUGGUGGGUGUAAUAUUAGAGAGUUGGGUAAUCUUCAAGAUCUGCGUGGUUCUCUUGCGAUCAAAAAUCUUGAAAAUAUAGUGAAUGUUGGAGAUGUUAGGGAGGUCAAAUUGAAAGAUAGUAGGUAUAUUACAAAGGUUGAAUUAGAGUGGUGUGGUGAAACAGAUGAUUCAGAGAAAGCACGAGAGGUACUUGACGGGCUUCAACCUCACACAAAUGUCCAAAGGCUAAGGAUUACGAAUUACCAAGGUACAAGCUUUCCGAGUUGGGUAGGACAUCAGUCAUUCAGUCACAUAGUAUCUCUGUCUCUAUCUCGAUGUAGAAAUUGUUAUUUGCUGCCACCGCUUGGACAGCUACCUUCCCUGAAAAAUCUUGACAUUUGUGGAUUUGAAAUGGUGGAAAGAAUAGGUGAUGAAUUUUAUUAUUCCUGCGGCAGCAACAGUAGUAGCGGUUCUUCUUCCAUGAUUAAUGCACCAGUACUAGUACCAUUCAAGUCCUUGGAAUCUUUACGCCUUUCUGGUUUCAGUGAAUUAAGAGAAUGGAAGGAGUGGUCAUUAACGAUGGGAGGUGACGUUGGAGGAGGUGAAGGUACUGGAGCUUUCCCAGAACUCAAAAUGCUUAGUUUAAAAGACUGUCCGAAGAUAAAUGGGGACUGCUUACAUUGUAAUCUUCCAUCCUCCACAACUCUUGUAAUCUGGUGCGGAUGCCAACAACUGAUGGCUUCACUCCCCAGUCAUCAACUUCCAUGGCUGGGUCAUUUGCGGCUAGACAAUUGUUCGGACGUGGUGUCAUUUCCACCACAAGGUGGAUUGCCCUCCAAUAUCCAUACAAUUCAUAUUUUUGCAUGUGUUAAUCUGGAGUCACUUACAAAACAGGGAUGGCCUUCAAAUUUAAAAUUGCUUUGUAUUAAUCACUGUAAAAACCUGUUUUUGGACGUGGAUUCAUUUCCGGAGGAAGGGCAACUUCCCGCAACUCUCACUGGUCUUAAGCUUCAAUGGCUUCCAAAUCUUAAAUCAUUAAAUGGAAAGGCUCUUCGAGACCUGGUCUGCCUUGAAAGACUCAUCAUUAAUUAUUGCGAUCAGCUGCAGUGCUUGCCAGAAGAAAGGCUGCCCGAUUCUCUUUCUCGGUUGAAAAUCACAAGCUCCCGUAGAAGUUGUCUAACCGACAGGUGCAAGAGAGAUACAGGGGAAGAUUGGCCAAAAAUUGCACAUAUCCCUCGCAUCAACAUUUCGAACGGCCGCGGAGGGGUAUCUAUAGAUUCGGAUGAAGAGUACUUUUCAUUCGAUGAUAAGUACUAGUUUUACUGAACAUGUACCUAUUUAGGUCUGGAAAAACCUAAUGAUCAUAUUUCAUGGAGUCCAUGUUCUCUCUACUGCAGUUACAAUGUUGGAAGCAGACGUGCUGUCAUUCACCAUAACUGAUUCAAUACUGCCAAGCUUUUUGGUUUUCAUAUUCAGUUCUAGCUCUUCUUGCAUUUCAAUGUUCAGGAACUCCAUUGAGUACCAACAAUUCAGAAAUGGAGCUACUGUGGAAGAAAUUCUCACCUCUCCCGGGAGUCACAGGCAGAAAUCAAAAGCAUUUGCAAAUUGGAAACCUUUUAUGUGAAGAUGGAAACGGUAUAUGGCUCCAAAAUGUCUGAAUGUGAAAAGUAAGUAGAAUCAAAAGCAUUUAUUUGAUUAUAUUCAGGGAAAAUUUUUGCUUACACUUGCUCAAAAUGAAAACUUGAUUUCUUGCAGAUACACGAUGCAUCUCUAUCCUCCAUUAUGUAUAACUGCUUCUUUUCUCUAGAAGAACCACUGCAUCAAUUUCUCCCCUUCACCUUGUGCUAUGAAGGUGAAGCUGAUUUAGAAGUUGCCAACUUUCCCUUGCCUGGAUCUUAUCAUGUUACCAUUUUGGAAGCUCAUAGAAGUUUAUACUAUGUUGUAAAGUACCGAUUCUGUGUCAGCCACUAAUUGAAUAUACUCGUUCAUGUUACGAGAUUCUAUAAGUA